AUGGCCGGCGAGAGCAGCACCAGGCGCCCGCUCUUCGGCAGCACCGUCUCCACCGCCUUCCCCGUCCGGUUCGAGGAUGUGAGCAACAUUCGCGAGGUCCCCGACCACCAGGAAGUUCUCGUCGACCCCGCCCGUGACAAGAGCCUCAUCUUCGAGCUGCUCGACCUCAAGGGCGAGGUGGAGGACGGCGGCAGCGUGCUCUGGUUCCUGCGCAACGUCACCAACGAGCAAGAUGCGGGGGAUAACUUGGUAAUAUUACACUCUGGGACAAUUGAGGUAAUUGGUCUGCGAUCUGGGGAAGCACUUGCAGUGGCAGGAACUGCAAUUGGCAAGCUGGCUGUUUCAAAAGGGAGGCAAGGCAGAGAAGCACAUAACAUUGUUCGACUUUACUUGGCAAACAUACGUCUCAAGAAUGCAGCAACUGAUGUAGUUAUCACCGCAUAUGAGCCGCUCUUGAUAAAGUAAGCUUCAUA